UGUUGAAUCGGGUCUGUUGCAGUGUGUUAUGAAGUGUGUGACUUGUCGGUAUUUUUUGUUCGUAUAAACAUUGAUUUUGGAGCUUAUGUUUCCCGUGGCCCGACUUUUAAGUGUCAUGGAUUAUGGUUUUCCUUGUGUUUACUGGUGUAGAUGACGGUUUGAGGAGUACAACUCCUCAAAUCUCACUGUGUUCGGGAGGUGGCCCGUUUUCGACAGCCUAACAUGGCUGAUAAUUUAAGUCAAAAAUCGCCAAAGGCAGGUGAGAAAACAAAAGUUAACAGCGUGUUGACACGUAUCAACAGUGACGUCGAUAAAAAUCUAACCACUUCAGCAGCAUCUCCUGUCACAACACCGAGUCAGAGAAAGAAAACACCAGCGUUUCAAAUAACGAGUGUCACAGUUUUGCCUAGUAUAAGUGCAGACGGAGGCGAAGAUUCAGCUGACGAUUUGGAUGAAUCUCACACGGAUGACACGUCCGACGUCGUAGAUAAUUCCAGAAUCACUGACAUAGAAAACGAAACUCCAAGUUUUUCGGAAGACACCUUUUCCAAAGAAGACGUAUUUUUCAACGCCACUGCAGCAUCUUUGGGAUCGGCUCCUGUUAUUCCUACAAGUUCGCAAUACGGACUUGCUAUUGUCGCUAACGAAGCCGGCAGUGCAACUUCUAAUAACGGUAGUGUACCUACAUCUAACGCCGCUGCUAAUACAACAGGUGACGUAAAGGCAGGUGCCACUGAUUCCACAAUUGCUGUCAGCAAUUCCAAUAGUGUAAACAAGCAAGAAGCAGAAAUGAGGGACGUCCACGCUCCAGCUAGUAGGAACGAACGUUUUAAGGUGGUUAAAAUUGAAAGCACUGUACCCUUUAAGAGGGGCAGGUGGAUGUGUAUGGAUUAUUUGGACCAUACGAUGUCGCAGAAUCAACAAAAUUCGCAACAGGCUAUCAUAAACGUUGUUAAAAAUGUGGAUGGUGAAACAAAUACCAGCUCUGUAAAGUAUGGAACUGAUAGUGGAGUUGUGAUUACAGAUGGUCUCAUUGUUCGCAGCAUAGACAGUCAAGGUAUAACAAGCCAGGAUUCUUCGAAAUCUGUAUUUGUUAAUGAGCAGCAACAGCAGCAGCAGCCGCCACCAGCUGGUUAUAUGACACAACAAGGAACUACUGGGAACUUCACACCAGGCCAGAGUGUAAACAUCUCUCUUUCUCCUGGACAAACACUGCAACAGCCAUAUGUGUCAACAAGUCAGCAAAAUAACACACUUAUUGCACAGGUUCCACAGCAAAAUUUGCAGCAACAACAGCCACAGCAACAGCCACCGAUGUUGCAGCAUCAGAUGUCAGUGAUAGCUCAACAACAGCUACAACAACAGCAUCCAACACAGGUACCAGCCCAGAAUGUUCCCAUGCAUCACACCCAGAGCAUGUCACAGGUCCCUAUGCAGCAUAAUGUAAUACCUGGUCAACAUCAACAGUCUGCUCAGCACCAGAGUUUACCUCCACAACAGUUUCAGCAGGUAAUAUCUACUGCCAAUUCCCAAUAUAUUCAUCAGCAGCAGAACUUGCCAGCAGGGCAACAGGUGCACCAGCCUCAAAAUAUAACUGCAAAUCAGCAAAUGUACCAUCAGUCCCUGCCACCAGCCUCUUCGCAGCAGCAGAUUUCACAAGCAGCAUACAUACCACCACCUACACAACCAGUGCAGCAGCAACAGCAGGUUCCUACUGGCUUGAUAACUGUACAACAAGGUCUUCCACAACAGAUAAUAGUUCAGCAACAACCACCACAACAACAGCAGCAGCAGCAAAUGCAAGCCACUUAUUAUACCCCACCACCACAAGGUGUGUCUGCUCAGGCCACUCAGCAAGGAGUAAUCACAAUGGGCCAAGUUCAGCAAGGAGUUAAUGUUGUUUCACAGCCUCCGUCAGUUGUGUCACAGCCAAGUAUCAUCCAGACUUCAGCUGCCAGUCAGACGAAAGUGCCAGUUCAAGGUCAACAACAGCCACAAACCAUUCCUUUAUCUCAGCCGUCUGCUACACAGCAAGUAUCAAACAGUGUUCCAAUGUCUGCUCCAGUGAUUUCACAGAAGGCUCAUCUUCCACCGAUUCAGAUAGUGAAUUCACAAAUCCCACCAUCACAGGAUCAAGUACAACAGCAUAUUCCUGUCUCACCACAGCCUCAGCUGCAGCCACAACAGCAAAUACCAUUACAGCCACAAGUACCAGUGCAACAGCAACAGAUGCCACCUAAUCAGCAACAUAUUCCUCAGAUCCACCAGCAGCAAAUUAUUAAUCAGCAAAUAACUCCACAGCAACAGCCACCAGUACACAGCUCAAAUUUGCAACCUGUGCAGCAACAAGUGCAUAACAUACAGCAGCCGCAACAACAGCAGCCGCCUCAGCAACCAACGUCACAACAGCAGCAGCCACUGCCUCAGCAACCACCUCCAUCACAACAGCAGCAGGGACAGCAGCCAGCCAGUGUUAUGGGGCAGCAGCCUAUGAUUCCUGUGCAGACAUCUGUUCCUAUGUCCACUAUUACUGGACCAGCACAGCAGAUGUAUUCAAAUAGUGCUACACCAGCGCAAUCGUAUACAAAUCCACAACCUGUCACUGUAACAGCUGCUAGGACUCCAGUUAAUCCAGUGCUGCAACAUCAAGCCUCUGUAAGUGGUGUUGGUGCAACAAAUAUAAGUGUGGCUUCAAAUUUACCAAAUGUGGUGGAUCCAAACUCAGGUGCAGUGAUUGGUAUUGUCAGUAAUCCUGCUGAAAACCAAAUUUCCCAGCCAGAAAUUAAUGCUGCCAAAACUGAGUCCCAUGAGAUUGGAAAAAAUGCCGAGGAGAAGCAGACUGCCAUUGCCCCAGUUGAGGACCAAGAAAGUGCCUCCGGUACCAGCGCAGUUGCCAUCGAUAACAAGAUUGAACAAGCAAUGGAUCUCGUGAAAAGCCACCUCAUGUUUGCAGUGAGGGAGGAAGUCGAAGUACUGAAGGAACGUAUCGCAGAGCUCAUGGACCGAAUCUGUCAGCUCGAGACGGAAAACACGAUCCUGAAAGCGCACGCCUCUCAGGAAGCCCUGGCGCAGUUGGGCCUAAAUAAUCAGGGCCAGCAACAGCAACAAACUCCGUCUCAGCAGCAGCAGCAGCAGCUACAACAGCAGCAGCAGCAGCUACACCAGCAGCAGCAGCAGCAGCAGCAGCAACAGCAGCAGCAACAACAGCAGCAGCAGCAAUUGCAACAGCAACAACUCCAACAGCAGCAGCAACUGCAGCAACAUCAGCAGUUGCAACAACAGUCAUCAGUGCAGCAACAGCAGCCACAGCAGCAACCUCAGCAGCAGCAACAGCUGCAGGGAAAGGCACUGAAUGGCACUCUCCCUUAAUUGUAUCCUAAACCCCACUGUGGUAUUGUUGUUCCCACACACUAGUCAGCUGGGAGCUGGCAAAAAGGGCAAAGACUUUAUGCUUAUUGCAGUUCUCCUCAGCCUGUCAGCUUGCAGUGAUACUGCUCCACUGUUUGUGUAAAUCUGAAGAUGCUCGUUACUUUGAUUGUUUUAGUUAAUAUAUGUAAUGUCAAGUUUUCCAAGUAUUACUGUACUGUUGAAACGACAGGGAACCUGGUUGCUAAGAAAUGGAGUACUCACACUAAUAGAUAUCCCAUACCGUACGUACUGCAAAGCUCGUGGGUAUCUUCUGUCUGCCUUUCUUUGCUCUGAAAGUGAGUGUGUGUGUGUGUGUGUGUGUGUGUGUGUGUGUGUGCGCACAUAAUAGAAUCUCAGUUUCUGUUUAAACAGUUAAUUAAGGAAGGACUGUGGUGCUGCCAUUAUGUAUGAAGCGAUUGGUUUGGAGACAGGAAAGAAGACUGUUUUAUAUUAGGCAUUUUAUGUAAAUUAGUGAUAUGCAGAAAUUAAUGUCUCGGAAAGGUACACGAAAGGAGUGUAUUACGUGUUUGAAAGAGUAUUGCUGCGUUCACUUCGAGAAACUGGCUGUUAGUAGAUGUGUAAUAGUCUCUCUGUUGAAUCUAUCAACUGCUAAAAAUGUCCACUGUUUUAUGGGUUGAGUAAGUGUUGUGUAUUUUGGAUAUUAAGUUUUCAUGUUUAUGGAUUUUUCCUGAAGAAAAUAACAUAGCUUUGGUGGUGUUGAAUGAAUUUUACUGAAAUGUGGUCCGAAUGUAGAAACCACAUGACUUCAAAGAUGAUAUUCUGUCAGCUCAGAUUUCAUUUCAGAACAACAGUAGUUGCAAUGUAACUGGAAUGGAGUGAGAAUUGCAUUGAACCCUCAUACAGAGUUUAAAAAAUUAGUACAUGCUUUUGGCCCACAAUUAUGCUAACUUGAAGCACUAUUGUAUAUUUAUGGAGGGCAUGUCACUAUGGCUGUGCUAAUAAGAUAAUUAAUUUUUUAAUGGUUCUCGUGUAAAUAUUGUAGUGUCGAACAGUGUAAAUCCCGCCCUCCAUAUAGUAUAUUGUUAGUGGUACAUUUUGUAUAAUUGAGUUAGGAUGAUUCAUUUUCUUCAAGCGUGUAAGCACUAACUGCUCAAGAAAUGUUAAAGUUUAAUUCACCAAAAUGUUGUUGAAGCAAGAAGUUACAGAAGCAGAAUUGAUUACUUACUGCAGUUAAUGCAACUAACGACACCUAAUACAAUAUAAAUCCUAAAUUUUCUACUGUUUAUAGGACACAAAAGUUUUGCGGCAUAUCACACUGUAAUUCUAAUGUGUACUUUUAGAAGUAAAAUAAAAAAAUAAAAAAAUAUAAUUUAUAUCUGCCACAUACUAUUCUGUGUGGUGGAGCACAUAGAAGAGGUUUCUUAUAAUUAAUUAUGAUUGUUUGAGACAUUCUAACCAUAGUUUUUCCAAGUGAGAUUUGCCUUAUACAGUGCUGCUUAUGGUUGCUUUAUUGAGCUCCACAAAAUGUGAUUUAAUGACUUUAAUGCGAAAUAUUUGCUUUCAAAAGAGUAGAAAUUUGUAAUUUUUGAUUGAGCAAACACUGUAAGUUACAGUAACUGAAAAAUGACUUCUCGUUAUGCCUCUGAAAACUCCUAAGAACCAUUCUCUGAAGCAGUGCAGUACUUAUUCACGAUUAUUAAGAAAUGUGUGACAUUAUUUGCCAUGUACACAAUUUUAUUUGACAAUGAAAAUUCAACAGUAACAAUAACGAAAAUCACUAACAGUCUUAAUCAAUGUAAAAAAAAUGCUAGUGUCUUAUAGAGUGAGACGUAUAUUUUAAAAAAAAAGUGAUUUUUAAUUGUACAGUGUGACUGUGUACAGAUGACUGUUCGAGGCCAGCAUGCUGUGGACUGUUGCUGGGCCGUAGUGUGUUUUGUAAUUAGUGUCAGUUGUUACAUGUUAAGUUAUCGUGCAUUGGAAGUAUUGGAAGACAGAUGCUUUAUCUUCUUCGUGGCAACAUAUACAAAUGUAUUUCUGUAUAUAUACUUUUAUUCAGCUACUUUUGUCAACUGGCGAUAAAACUGAUUUGAGCAAAACAAUGCUUGAGACAUGGUUCCUUAUUAUUAUUGUCAGCUUGAUUAUUAAUAAAAAAUCUUUAAAUAAAUUUUA